GAAAUCAAGAAAACACUUGUUGAUGCCUGCUCUGCUCCUGUGCCUGGUAGCUCUGUGCUGGGUGGAUGGCUCUGCAUGCGCCCCACAGAAUGGCGUAUUAAGCUCUAGUGCAGGGCUUGGUGGCCUGUAUACCGACAAGAUUGCGCAUAUUGAUGAGAACUCAUCAGAAGAAGAUGAAAAAGAAGAUGCGUCCUUUGAAAUCAUUCAGAAUAUUCCAGAGAAUAUAGUGCUGUCUUUUUUGUUUCUGUGCUGUGGAAUCAUUGGAUACUAUAUAGGAGUAUAUCUCGAGAGACUGUUCAUGUAUGCUGAUUAUAUAAAGAAAAAAAUCAGCUGGUAUUGUCGAGGUGCAUUCCUUACUCGCCAAGAAGCACCAGCAGCACUUUAGUUAUACGGUGAGAAUAUAAAACAAUACAUGCGGUUAAACCAUGCACAAAUAUGUACUUUUGUUUUUGUUUUCUAUUUGGUAGAAAUACUUACAUUCUCUGGGCUUUAAGCCAGGCAUGCAUAUAUUUAAUCUUCUUGGAUAUAUUUUAUUCUGGCUUCUUUAUUAAAAGAAAAUAAAUUCCCAA